AUGGAGCUCUACCUUUGUCUGUUGCUUCUUAGUUUUGUAUUCCUUGUGAGCAGCGAGCCCAACGACUCCAUGAUAACUCAAGCUCCCGAUUUCAUUGGAUGGAUUCGGCAAGGAGCAGGCUAUGAGGUUGCCAUUUGCGAAAAGGGAAUAUUCACCUCAUCGAGGUAUUGGGCGGCUUGCAUCGACACGGACCAGCCAGCUCUGCCUACUCGGUGUCGAGAUGGCUCUGUCUUGAUCUUUCCGACUACAACAGCCAUAUGCCCUACAACCGCUACUUGCCGCACUGACUGGCUCUUCAAUGACCCAGCAGAUACAGCCGCUCGCACCAUGAUCGGCUGUGUCACAGGCACGCGAACAUUGUACCAUUAUAGAACAACUACUGUACCAACAGUUACAAGCUCCGCCGUGCCAGAAUCUAGCAGAGCAUCGGCGUCCGCUUCUGCUUCCGCUUCAACUUCAAGCUUGCCGCCAGCGACCUCGCCAGACCUUGCAUGGAUUGCGGGGCCCAUUGUUGGCGGUCUUGCUGGGAUUACACUCAUCAUUCUACUUGUUUGGUUUUUGAUGAGGCGGAGAAACAGAUACAGAAAUCAUCCCGGCUUCGCGAUGCCAGAAACCCCCGACUCGGAGGCAAGGCCUGAGAAAACGCCUGCGAUCACGUCUGUCCCGGGCUCAUUGAAACGAAACCCCACUAGGAGAGUAGAGCUUCCGGGACGCUCUUCGUCUUUGCGUAGUGUCCCUUAG